AUGGGGAUAGUCACUUUUCUUCGACCACAAGGGACAAGUAGUAGAGUGUGGGCAUUUGGAAAUAACGCUACAUGCAGAUUUGCGGCAUUUGUGAUUCAAGCAAGCACUGCAGGAAUCUGGUAUCAAGGGAUGUUGUCAAUCUACUUUCUUUUGACUACUCGAUACGGUAUGAAGAAUGCUAUAAUCACAAAGCGCAUUGAACCAUUGAUGCAUCUUUUGGCGCUUGGAUAUCCCAUUGCAAGUGCAACUACAGGCCUAGCGAAGGGCAUUACUGGUGAGAUCGCUGGAGGAGCCUCGUGUCACGUGAGCCUUUACGAUAAUUCCGAUGUAUCCAAGUCUUGGGAGCUCCAAGAGAAAAGCGUCGAACGCGCUGCAUUUAUGUUUAUUUUUGCUGGUAUACCCAUGAUUGGAGUAGCCCUGUGUUUGGUCUGUACGCAGUUGAGCAUCUACUUCUUCGUCCGGCACCAUACUCGGAAGCACCGCUCUAAUGAAAGCGGAUCUUCAGCAUCAAACGAUGUGAACGUACCAUCAACCAAGUCCGCAACGAGCAAUGGCGACGCAUCAUUUGGUUCGAGUGGGCGAAGCAUACCUCCUAUGGAUUUAUCUCAAGGAUCUUCGAGUAUCCCGACUAACGACGCACAAGCGUUGGGUCUUCAAAGCAGCAGCAAGAGGAACGAGAAACAGACACAACGACUGCAGUUGGUUUGCUCGCAAGCACUCCUUUUUGUGAUGUCAUUCGUGAUGUGCAACGGCUGGAAUGUGAUUAUCAUACAAAUGCAGUCAAGCGCUCGGACCCGGGCAGAAGAAAUGGAAAUGGUGGCAAAGUAUUAUCUUGUUUUCGUUAUCCAAGCAAUACUGCUCCCCCGACCUAAGUACUUAAUGCUGAGACUGGAAUUCCCAGAUGAAAGGAGACUAUGGACCGCUAGACGAAUGUUUCUCGGCGACAAGCUUCUUCCGACUGCUGGCAGUGUUAGAAGACUUGGAACUCAUGUUGACAUCGCCGCCAACCGACAGAAUGAAUCAGAUGGAGAUGCUCCGGUUGGGGACAAACUAGCUUCCAAAUCCUUUCAACACCGCAUGGUAUCGUCUUUGACUGCAUGUGACGGCGACUUUGAUGAUGGCGUUGAUGGACUAGGAGAAGACGAGCGAUGGCACAACGUCAGUACGAAUGCUAACCAGGGCACACAAGCCAACAUUACCCCUCGUGCGAAUCACCGCUCGACUUCGCUGGAAGCCAUCAGUGAACUCUCAGAAUCUUAUUUUGAAUUGACUCCGUAUCAGGCUAAUGGAUCUUACCUAUCAGCGGCUUCUAUUCCAUCGUCAACUCCAAAAGAGCCGUCAGAAAGUCGUUGGAGAGGAACAGGAUCAACACCUUUGCGAUCUCCUUUUUGUGGAAGCAGUGGAAGUAUUAAGUCCGAUGCAUCUGAUCUUCCCAUUCAGGUCCCAACCCGUAGAAAGUCGGGUUCUUCUUCUUCACGGAGCAGUGGCAGUCGCAAGCCUGAUUCAGACGACGUUUUCAUUCGGGUGCCAAGGCGUAGAGAAUCUGGAUCUUCUUCUUCUCGGAGCAAUGGAAGUCGCAAUUCGGACAAGUCAGACCUCCCCAUUCGGGCACCGAGACGGCGAGAGUCGGGAUCUUCUUCUUCUCGGAGCAAUGGAAGUCGCAAGUCGGAUAAGUCAGACCUCCCCAUUCAGGCACCGAAACGGCGAGAGUCAGGAUCUUCUUCUUCACGGAGAAGUGGAACUCGCAAGUCGGGCACACCCGACCUCCCGAUUCAGGUACCAAGCAGGCGAGAGUCCCCUAUUUCUGCUCCAAGACAGCGAGAUUUUGUACCAAGACAAAGAGAGUCGCCAAUCUCUGUUCCAAAACCCACAUGGCAAGCUCCAAUUGAUUCUCCUACACGGAGUUGCAAUAGCGCUUCGGACUAUUCACCAGUCCAAGAACGAACUGUAUCAGGAGGAAAGCAAGCAUUCGAUUUGCCGCUGGCUCUACCAAGCCGGUUUGUGAGUCUAUCCCCUUCUGAAAUCGAAGAUGAUAGGGGAAUCAUAUUUCUCAGGGAAAAGGGUAUUGAAUAG